AUGCCCCUCAUUAGAUCUGACCUGCUGUUGCUGACCUGGCGUGUGACCCGACGAUUCUCUGCCUGCUGCCUUGUACCAUACCGUCCUCUCUGUUACCGACUCGGCCUUGUGUUCCGUCCAUCCAUCCUGCAUGGAUCCAUCCGUUGCGGUCCGGGCCUGCUCUGCCUCUUCACAUCAGGCUCUCAUCCUGCUACGUGCCACUGGCGGUUCCCUCUACCACAGCUGGGUGUACCCAGGGGCCGUGACUGCGUCUCAGUCUGCUCCAAGUCCAUCCCCACCAUCAGGGGCUCUGGUGAACAAGCAGAUUGGGGCUCAGACUCCGCGCCCUGGGGAAAUCUGGUCUGUGGAGCUCUAGAGCUACCGUCGGUAGGUACCUGACAGGUGGACAUUUUAA